GGAAAAAAAUUGUAAUAACAAUAAUAAUCACUAAAUAAUAACUAAAUUAUAUCAUAACUUAUUAUUAACCAAUUGUUUGGUCAUCGGUUUAUUGGCCACUACUGGACACUACAACGACAAUGUCCAACAAAAACAAUCACUCGUAUUACGGCAACAAUUACUACGGUUACUCGGCCAACAACGAUGCCAAUAAUCAGUUUUACGGCGCGCCCGCAGCAGCAGCAGUCAGUGGUGUCAAUCAUCAGCCGCCGCUACCGCAACCACCAACAGUAGGGCAUCAGCAGCAGCCGCCGCCACCACCAUUCCAGCAUCAGCCAACCGGGACUCCGGCCUACGGCAACCGUAACUUGACCUACGGUGGCUCAGGACCACCACGUAACAAUGGAGGUCCCGUCGCCGCCGCCGCCGCACCAGCUAAUGGACAAAUGCCGCCGCCGACAGACAAUAAUAAUUACUAUCAGCGUCGCCGAUAUUAUGGCCAAAAUAAGGGUCAAUAUCGGGCCCAAGUGAUUGACUAUACCAAUGGCAGCUCUAAUCAGUCGGCGACGACUGGUAAUUAUACGGGAAAUACUCAUAACAGUUCAAUGACAAGACCCCCGUCAGGACUAUUGCCACAUCCAGAGACCACAAAUCUACAGCCAUUUCAUAACAGUCAUCAGCAAUCAUAUGAUAAUUCAUCAAAAACCUCGCAAUUGACUGGACAGCCGACACAAACCUCUCAACCAAUGUCUGAUUAUUCGGACCAAUCAUCAGCAUCAUUGUCGUCGUCCUACUAUUCGAGAGGGCCUCCUUCACAACCAGUACAGCCACCAAUUCAACCACCAUUGCCAUCGACAUCAUAUCCGGCACAACCACCGCCACCACCACCCUUAUCAUCAUCAACUUCCCAUCAAUCACAGGCCACUGGCCAACAAUCUCACGUUAGGACACCAUCUCCUCAAAUGAUGACAUCAUACGCCAAUCAAUCAACCUCUCAAUAUGGGUCCGCUCAUUACGGACGAGCGCCUCCACCACCACCACCAUCUGGCCAACCUCCAUUGCCAAUGCAACCACCGCCACCUGUACCGCCUCCUCCAUCGUAUCCACCGCCACCCGUCGAAGUUGUCGAUCUCGGAUCGCCAUCGCGUGGCGAGUCAAACGAAUCGCGAAUCGACAAACUAAAAGCCGAAGGAAUCGAAAGCCGACAACAAAACGAACUGAAAGGCUAUUGGUGUCUGAUCUGCGAAGUCUUCUGUCAGAACUUUAAUAACGCUGAACGACAUAUAGAGUCACCCAAACAUCAUAAGACCAAAAUUGGCGAUACCUUAAAAGGUAUUGACGCCAAAUAUACCAUCAAAACUGAUAACAUAAGCAAUAUAUCGGUAGCGUUGGCCCGUAAGAAGGAAUUGUCAAAGAUUAGCAAUGUUAUCAAAAACGACUACUUUAACGAAGGCAUUCGUCUAAAAGAUGGCAUCGGCAAAGAGGCCUACAUUUGUGAGAACUGUGGCGUAUCCAUUGAAUCACUGCAAGAGGUGGUGAAACAUCUGGAACUACACAAGUUAUUUGCCCAGCAAUUGAAGAUAUGCAGCAAACCGAUCAUCGGACUCGACUUCAUCAACGAAUUUAUUGAUCCCAAUCCCAACAGACCCCGAAUAUACGAGUGUGUUAUGUGUCAUACUUUCAAUACGACCAGCGGUAUCAUCACUCAUAUAUGUAGUUUCAAUCAUCGCACGAAUUUCAUUAAAAGGAUUCAUCCGUCGGAAGCUUCCGAUUUUCGAGAGGAAACUCCGCAGUCCACCCUAGAGGCCGGUAAACGGGCUCUCGAAUUAGAGACACUGGUCGGUCGCGGCGAGUAUCGGGUAAUAAAUCAAGCGGCACCGCCUAAUUGUCUGGCCGGAAACGUAUUGUUCACCUAUGGUACUGAUCGACCGCCAAAACAGACCGCGACGUCAUCGUCGUCGUCAGUAGCUGUUGAACCUCAACAGUCAUCAUCAGUGACUAAAACAUAUUCCCAACAAAUAAAUAUGCCGUCAAAAUCCAAAUCUGUAGCCGAUAUGAGUCCACUCGAACGUGUGUUUCGCGUACGGCUGACAUCCGAACGGGAUGUGGUCUUAGUAACCGAAAUGAUCACAGAUAUUACCAAAUCUGUAAUGGAGUACCAAAUGAGACAAAUGUCCCCAGAAUUGAAACACCAGAUUAGGCAACAAAUUGGUGACAACAACAACAUCAACACAACACCUAAAAAGACAUUGUCUUCAUUUAAAUAA